UCGAGCUGAGUCUCGGAGAAGGUGCACGGGAUAGAAGUCGCCGGAACAAAGCUCGGCUUUGGGGUGCGUCUGUGGGUAUCCCUCUACCCUCUCCAGGAGAGGGUCUUCACGCUACGCUAGCGGGCCCUGCCACACACCCGGCCUGCGUGGAGUCUUUCUCUGCACACCCGGGAGGUCAAGAGGAAUCACAGGCUCGGCCCUCCCACCGCGGGGUCUCCUCCGCCUGCACCGUUGUUACCUUCAGGUGGCCUUGGAGCCUCAGAAGACGACCGGUGGCAAGACUCCUGGCUCCCUAGAGCCUGAUCUCAAAGAGGGCACCGUGCGCUGCAGGGAUCCCAUAAUAGCAGGCUCUCUUUUGUCAACUCUCAAGCUUUUCUAGAAUGCUAUGAACAUUUGCCAGCGUUGUUUUUCAAAAAAGAGAAAGGGCUGUGGAUUCUUCCUAGGAACAGAGACAUCCACGGUGGCUUUCAAUGCCUAACGUUGCUGAAACUGGAAGAUCCACAGACUCUGGGCAUGGUGACCACACAUCUGGGAACAAGUCCCCGGAAGAGGACCUGCAAGGGGCUGUAAAAUCUUUCUGCACAAGUGUCAUGGGAGCGCCUGUGGGCCCCAGAGGAGAUGGGCAUUACCCUUCAAGCUGUCCAGUGACUCAUACUCGGGAAAAAAUUUAUGCCAUCUGUUCAGACUAUGCCUUCCUCAACCAGGCAACCUCGAUCUACAAAACUCCCAGCCCAGCCCUAUCUUCUUGCCUCCCCGGUAAUACCUCUCAUUCUGCUGGAAAUAGCUCAAGACAUAUUGGUAUCCCAGCCAGUACAUCAGAAAUAACCUAUAAAGAAGAAAAUAGCUUGGAAAACUUAUCCACCAGCUUGGGCAAGCUACCUCUCGCAUGGGAAAUUGAUAAAUCUGAAUUUGAUGGGGUGACUACAAAUCUAAAACAUAGAUCAGGCAAUGCAAAGAAACAAAUUUCCAAGAAAAAAACUUCAGAUAAAAAAGGGCUGCAUCAGAGAGAGUGUCCCCACCAUUUUCCUCUUGAAGAUGUUAAACAGCGCAAAGUGUUAGACCUCAGACGAUGGUACUGCAUAAGCCGACCACAAUAUAAGACUUCAUGUGGUAUCUCCUCAUUGAUUUCUUGUUGGAAUUUCCUAUACAGCGUAAUGGGAGCUGGGAAUCUCCCACCUAUUACCCAAGAAGACGCAUUACAUAUUUUGGGCUUCCAACCCCCAUUUGAAGACAUUAGGUUUGGCCCUUUCACUGGAAAUACAACACUCAUGAGAUGGUUUAGACAAAUUAAUGACCACUUCCAUGUGAAAGGAUGCUCUUAUGUUCUAUAUAAGCCCCAUGGGAAGAACAAAACAGCUGGAGAAACUGCUCCUGGGGCCUUGUCAAAGUUAACCCGAGGAUUGAAAGACGAGUCACUGGCUUAUAUCUACCAUUGCCAAAACCAUUAUUUUUGUCCAAUUGGCUUUGAAGCAACCCCUGUUAAAGCUAAUAAGGCAUUCAGCAGGGGCCCUCUCUCACCACAAGAAGUAGAAUAUUGGAUUUUAAUUGGAGAGUCAAGUAGAAAACAUCCUGCCAUUCAUUGUAAAAGAUGGGCAGAUAUUGUCACUGAUCUGAACACACAAAAUCCAGAAUUCUUAGACAUCAGACAUCUAGAGAGGGGGCUGCAGUUCCGGAAAACAAAGAAGGUUGGAGGAAAUUUGCAUUGCAUCAUAGCAUUCCAGAGACUCAGCUGGCAAAGAUUUGGUUUUUGGAACUUUCCAUUUGGAACUAUUACACAAGAUUCACAACCUCCCCAGGGAAUGGCCAAAUCUGAGAGUGAGGACAACAUCUCUAAGAAGCAGCAUGGGCGUCUGGGCAGGUCCUUCAGUGCUAGUUUCCACCAGGACUCGGCAUGGAAGAAGAUGUCUAGCAUCCAUGAGAGAAGGAACAGUGGCUACCACAGCUACAGUGAUUACAAUGGCAAUGACUGAGCGUGUGGAAACUGAAGCACCGGUGUCUCCCACACAGCUGUUAUGUUCAGGAGUGCAUUAAGACUUCAGAUGGUUUCUUAAAGUCUAUCAAUAGGAACAGAUCUUGUGGUACAAAACAUAACCUGUAGUUCUCUAGUAAAUAAGCAUACAUAUGAUUACAAUGGGUGGCUUCAAAUAGGCAGGUAAAAAAAAGAUUACUGCUCUUUUAAAAUUAAAAGCAGAUAAGCAAUCUGGACAAAGGGUUUUUAAAAAUCCGAUAAAAUCAUAACUGCUUCAAAGCAAAACCACAAAUGCACUUAACAGAAUUAAAACUUGAACUAUUUAAGCAUGAAGUGAUUUAUUAAAACUUGAUCCCUAGCUAUUAAUUACAGAUACUUUGAUUCCUAAGACCAAUUUGCAAGGCACCAUCACCUGCCCUUAACAAAAUGGGGGCUGUCAAGUUGCAGUCUUUACUCAUGGUUAAAGCUCAUUUAAAAUUAUCUUGCUAGGCUAGUUGUUCUUUCAGUGGUGGCAGUAUCCACCUCACCUCCGGGCUUUCCUGAAUAACUGUCUCAGGAUUCUUGACAGAGAAGCAGAAAAGUACUCAAGAAACUGACCUUUUCUACAGGUCCAGGUGGGGCAUUGAUUCUGAUACUCUUGAUUUGGCACAAGAAUAGGCCCUGAACAAUGUCUGAAGGUCUAGAACACCUUGUUUUAGGCAUGCAGUUACAGAGCGUUUGGAAUCUAGAGUUUCUAUAUCCAUGGUAAUAUGUGCAGUGAGAUCUGAUACUUUAUUGGUCUCUUACUGGAGUCACGUGUUAAACAGUGCUGAAGACAUGUUGGCGAUAUUCAGCUCACUCUGAGGACAACUCUCUAUUCUCAAUUCUGAGUUGUUUCUUUUUGUGAAACAUCCAGUUGUUUGAAGUGUGUGUUAAAUAUUUCAGAUGUGUGAACUCAAUACUCGAGCUCCUCCUUAGCUGCUGUUGUUUCUCUUUUGCUGCAAUGUGUGACUUCCGUUGUUCUUUCAUGUAACAGGCUCAUUCCAAGAUUCAAGUCAGUAACUUGGUGAUUACAAGGUGCUGAGUAUGUUAGAACCAUAUUGCAAUACACCUCAUAGGGAGGUUUCAGAUUUUUAUUUUUAAAACAUUUUCAUUUUGUCUCUUGAAUUUUAUAUACAUUUAUCCACUCAUACAUGCUUAGCGUACAGAAAGGGCUUUAUAUUACAAAAUGGUCCUAUUUCUGAAGAGAUUAUUUAGCUUGAAAUGCAAAAGACUGAAAGUUUGUAGGUUGUUGAUUUUGUUAUUUCAUACUGGAACUUUUAAAAUGUUUUCAUCAAAUAAAGUUUUUUUUUUUUUUUA